AUGUCGCUUUGCCAGAACAGACUUCAGGAGGAGCGCAAGCAGUGGCGCAAGGACCACCCUUUCGGUUUCUUCGCGAAGCCUCAGCGCAAUGCCGCAAGUGGAACACUCGACCUGAAGGUUUGGGAGUGCGGUAUUCCUGGCAAGGAGAAGACGAUCUGGGAGGGCGGCCUCUUCAAGUUGACAAUCACAUUCCCCGAAGAGUACCCGACGAAGCCGCCUAAGUGCAAAUUUGUCCCUCCGCUGUUCCAUCCCAACGUUUACCCCUCCGGCACCGUUUGCCUGUCGAUCUUGAAUGAGGAAGAGGCGUGGAAGCCUGCAAUCACGGUGAAGCAGAUCCUGCUCGGCAUCCAGAACCUGCUCGACGAUCCCAACCCCGAGUCUCCCGCUCAGGCUGAAGCCUACAGUCUCUUCAAGAAAGACAAGACGGAAUACGAGAAGCGCAUCAAGCGCGUCGUGAGAGAGAACCCGGCGCCUUAG